AUGGUGACCUUUUCCGGAAACAAGGCCCACAAUGCCGCCGAAGGGAACCUCCUCACUCCUCUAGCCGUCGUUGGGAUGUCGCUGAAAUUCCCAGAAGAUGCGACAUCCCCGGAAGCGUUUUGGAAAAUGUUGGUUGAAGGCCGAUGUGUCUCUACGGAGUUUCCCAGUAAUAGAAUGAAUAUCGAUGCCCAUCACGACGCUGAACGAGGCCGACUUCACAGCGUCACAUGCCGAGGAGCACACUUCAUGAAGGAGGACCUUGGUCUUUUUGACGCCCCCUUCUUUGGGAUUACUGAUGCCGAUGCGAAGGCUAUGGAUCCUCAACAGCGCCUUGCGUUAGAGACAGUUUACCGUGCGCUAGAGAAUGCCGGGCUUCCGAUCGAGCAGGUUGCAGGCUCCAAGACCAGCGUCUUCGCGGGCUCCUUUUGUAGCGAUUACCAUAUGCUGCAGAUUAAGGAUCCGCUCAAUGUGCCCAAGAAUGCCACGGCAGGAACUGGUCGGAAUAUGAUUGCGAAUCGUAUCAGCUGGUUCUACGACUUCCUAGGUCCUAGCGCGACUGUUGAUACCGCCUGCUCAAGUAGUCUGAUGGCGGUGGAUCUGGCCUGUCAAUCUAUAUGGGGCGGAGAUGCUGCAAUGGGCGUCGCUAUUGGCUGUAAUAUAAUCCUGGCUCCAGAAAUGACCAUUGGCCUAGACAAUCUUGGGCUGUUAUCAAGAGAUAGCCACUCUUAUAGCUUCGAUAAGAGAGCCAAUGGAUAUGCCAGAGGAGAAGGUGUCGGUGCUGUGGUCAUCAAGCGGCUUGAUGACGCUAUAGCCGAUGGAGACACCGUGAGGGCUGUCAUUCGAUCGUCCAGCUCGAAUCAGGAUGGGAAGACGCCUGGAAUUCUGCAGCCGAGCAAGGACGCGCAGGUUCGUUUGAUCCGGGAUACCUAUCAAAAGGCUGGUCUGGACAUGGGGGUCACUAGAUAUUUUGAAGCACAUGGAACGGGAACACCCAUCGGAGACCCGAUCGAGGCUCGAGCUAUUGGUACGGCAUUUCGCUCAUAUCGAUCAGAGGAAACGCCCCUAUAUGUUGGUUCUGUGAAAUCCAAUAUCGGCCAUUUGGAAGGGGCCAGCGGGAUUGCUGGCUUUAUAAAAGCAGUCCUCGUGUUAGAGAAGGGUGUUAUUCCACCGAAUAGCAGCAAUCUGCAGAACACAAACCCCCAGAUUGAUGAAGAUUAUCUGAGGCUGAAUAUAGUAAAAAGCGCCAUUGUCUGGCCUACUACUGGACUACGACGAGCAUCCGUGAGCUCAUUCGGCUUUGGUGGUGCCAAUAGCCAUAUUGUGCUUGACGAUGCUUACAAUUCCCUCCGACUGAGUGGCUCCGAGAGCGUUGGCCACCAGACUGUAAUAGUGCCUGCACUGGGGCAGAUCAAUGGUAUACGACUAUUGAAUGGUCACCACAGUACUAAUUGUGUAGACAAGUUCAACGACCCCAAAAUUGCCUGCAAAACAGUUCCGAAGCUGCUCGUCUGGUCAGCCGCAGACCAAGCAGGCAUAAAACGUCUUGCAGAGAGCUGGAGCACGUAUCUCGCAGGUUUAUCAGUUGAGGAGCCAGAAGAGUACCUGGGGGAUUUAGCACAUACCUUAUGUGGCAGGCGAAGCCACUGGGCCUGGAGGUCGUUCGUUGUUGCUAAACCAGGGGUACUUCUACAAGAUCUGACCAACCAGUUUUCCCCCGCUACCCAAAGCGUUGAUUCUCCACGCCUUGCAUUUGUCUUCACUGGCCAAGGCGCUCAAUGGUACGCAAUGGGUCGGGAGCUUAUAGGUCAUUAUGAAGUUUUCUCAAGGACCCUUACCGAAUUGGGCGCGUAUCUCAAAGAGCUUGGAUGUUCUUGGGAUAUUUUGGAGGAACUACAGAAACCAGGGCUGGAUUCGAAUGUGAAUGACCCAUCUUAUGGCCAGCCACUUUGCACGGCACUACAAAUUGCAUUGGUAGAUCUUCUUGAAAGCUGGGGUAUUUCGCCUGCUGCAGUGGUUGGCCAUUCCUCUGGUGAGAUUGCCGCGGCAUACUCUUCCGGGGCGUUAACCAAGUGGUCUGCGCUAAAGAUUGCAUACUUCAGAGGGUGUCUAGCAGGAGACUUAGGAAGAUCUAGCAGCAUGAAAGGAGCUAUGCUUGCUGUAGGCCUGUCUAAGGAGAAUGCGCAGAAGUACCUGCACACACUGGAGUCCCAGUUUGAUAGUCCGGAAGUUGUUAUCGCUUGCGUCAAUAGUCCUCAGAGUGUCACAUUAUCCGGGAAACUGGAGCAGAUUGACGCACUGCAUGGCCUGCUAAAUCGGGACGGCAUAUUUUCACGCAAGCUGGCGGUCAACGUUGCUUACCACUCGUUCCAGAUGCGGGAGAUUUCUGAUGCAUAUUUAACUGCCCUCGGGGGUCUAGAGGCACCGUGCAAUAGAAAGCGAAGGCGGCCUUUUAUGGUGUCUUCCGUCACUGGGACAUUGAUUUCAAGCGAGCGGCUAGUGGAACCGAAGUAUUGGGUCAACAACAUGGUCUCACCAGUGCUGUUCCACAAUGCAGUAAGCUAUCUAUGCUCCCAAUCUGGCAAGACGUACAAGAAAAUCGAUGGAAGUCACCGCCAUUCUGUCAAGAUUGAUCACCUUCUAGAAAUUGGCCCACAUUGUGCACUGCAGGGGCCGUGUCGGGAUAUUGUCAGUGUCUUGGGAAAGAGCGACAAAGUUUCAUAUGUUCCUUUCCUGGUACGCAACCGCUCCGCUCUGGAAUGCGCCAUGGAAGCUACAGGCCGUCUUCACUGCAGCGGAUAUCCAAUCAAAUUGGCGUUGGUCAAUGAGGACGGCGAGGGGAAGGUUCAACGACGACCCCGUGUGUUAUUGGAUCUGCCCGAAUAUCCCUUCAAUCACUCUACGUCGUAUUGGCAUGAGAGCCGGUUGAGCGAGGAAUACAGAUUCCGGCGAUAUGGCUACUUAGAGCUUCUCGGUACUCCGGAGCAAAGCGGUAAUCCGAUGGAGGCUAGCUGGAGAAACAUCAUCCGCGUCUCGGAUAUCCCCUGGGUGCAGGAUCAUAAGAUCAAUAGCACUAUUCUAUAUCCAGGUGCCGGUAUGCUGGUCAUGGCAAUCGAAGCCAUCAAGCAACUGGCUGAUCCGGACCGACUCCUUACUGGCUUCAGUAUACGGGAUGCCGUAUUCUCUACUGCCCUGCAGAUCCCUACGCACGCAGAAGGAAUCGAAGUCAAUGUUCACCUCAAACGCACGAAAGAGGGGAGGUCUGACGCCACCGGAUGGUUUGAAUGGCGCAUAUAUGCAUACGACAACGGGAACUGGGUGGAAAACAGCACAGGGUCUAUCCAAGCUCUGUAUGAGAGCCGAAACACAAGCUUUGAUGCUGACGUUAGGGAAGAAAGAGAAUGGGAAAAUCAUCUUCUUGGGACCUACAACAGUGCGGUACGCUCAUGUACUUCGACUGUUGAUGCAAAGUCUUUCUAUAAGCAUCUCAACAGCUGUGGAUAUCAGUACGGGCCUGAAUUUGCCGCGAUUCAAAGUCUCAGUUACAGUGAGUCGGACGGCAAGGCGCUCGUCACAAACAUCCGGACAUUCCAGCCUACCGGCGUUUACCCGAUUCAUACUAUACAUCCUACGACACUGGACGCCAUCAUUCAGAUGGCAGCCGGGCUGGAAUCAACCAUGGGCCAGAGUGCGACCAAUGUGGCUGUACCUGUGCGGAUUGACCGGCUCUGGUUGACCAACUCAGGUGGUCUCAGCCAUCCAUUCGCAGAUGCUGUCAGGGUUUGUGCUACUUUCAGUCAAUCUGUUGUAGGAUAUAAAAGUUACUCAAUGACAGCAGUUGACGUGGAGGUCUCUAAAGCACUACUGAAUCUUGAAGGCUUAAAAGUGACGGCCAUUGCCGGCGGAGGGACGACCCCUGUCUCGGACCAAUUCAUGACGGACAACCUAUGCCACUACAUAGCACAUAAACCUGACAUUGACCUCUUGACAAGUGAAGAGGCCCAGAGCCUUUAUGGGGUCCCCGAAUCGCAGGUCAAAGAGCCAGUGGAGUACUACACUGAGCUUGACUUUCUUGCAGCAACCUGCGUGAGCAGGUAUGCAGCCUCCUCCAAGCAAUGGUUAGAUCGCAUGCAUGACGAUGACUAUGUCAGCAAGCUACAUAAACGAAUCGAGAGUGGCAGUAAGAGGGGUCAGUUAACGAGUACCUUAUGCCGAAAUCUGGCUGGUUUCGUGAACGAUCCGCUUUCCCAUUUGUUCGGCAACAACCUGCUCGCGGAUGUGUAUCGCGAAAUGCUUUGCGCCGACUCAAUAAAAUCACGGCUGGAUAGGGUCGUUGGCGCACUGGGACACAAAAACCCACGGAUGAAAAUCCUAGAAGUGGGAGCUGGCACCGGAGCCAUGACUGACUUCUGCAUCAGGGCGUUGAGCAUGGACUCUCCAGCGGACCCAAAUCUGCGUCGUUACGGUCAGUGGGACUUUACUGAUAUUUCGAGCUCCUUUUUCCCGGGAGCACAGGAAAUGUUUGCAGCAGAAGGCCAGCGUAUGCGAUUCAAAGUUCUUGAUAUUGAAAAGGAUCCUGAAAUACAGGGGUUUGAGUGUGGCACAUACGAUAUGGUUGUAGCAUUCAUGGUAAUACAUGCCACGAAGGAUUUGGUUGUUAGCUUGAGUAAUGUGCGGAAACUAUUGAAGAAGGGUGGAAAGCUUCUACUGUUCGAAAUCACUCACCUUCACCCGCUCAGGCUCAAUCUUAUCUUUGGUUUGCUUGAUGGAUGGUGGAGAAGUACGGAAACAUACCGCCAGACAGGCCCCUGCAUCAGUUCCGAGAAGUGGGGAGAGCUCCUAAAAGAGACAGGCUUCUCAGGAUGCGAUGUUGUAUUCGAUGAUUACGAGGCCGAUGUUUGCCGUGAAGGAAGCAUGAUUGUGUCAACAGCCGUAGCUCCACUCCCUACCGAUAUCACGGCAGUGAACAUCAUCAUCAAUCCGGAAGACCAGACCCAGGCUGAUCUGGCUGCGGCGAUAUCUGAUCGGCUCCAGCAGCUUAGUAUUUCAAGGAUCACCCUAACAUCCAUGACUGAUAUCGCACAGCGAAAGCUAUCGGCGAACUUGUUAGACAUCAGCCUUCUGGAAGCGACAACCCCUUAUGUAUGCGACAUGGAUAGCUCGGAGUAUGAAAGCUUGCAGGCGCUGGUAGCUUCCACCAAGAGCCUCAUCUGGGUUGAUGAGGGCGGAGGGCUGCAGCCUCAUCCCAAGUACCGACUACUCGACGGGCUGUUUAGGGCUCUUAGUGGGGAGAUGUACCGGGCUCGACUGACAAACCUGAGUCUGGAGCGUCACUCCUCAAGGGAGCACAAAGCAGCGCAGAUUUGCAAGCUAGUCUUGUCCGUUAUUGGUGAUGUUGAAAGGGGUGCAGACACGGAAUACAUGGAAAUAGAUGGAAUACUUCACAUCAGUCGCCUAGUAGAUGCUAGGUCACUGUCCCAAGAGGUAGCCAGAAAGGCUCUUCCACAGCACGAGGAGCUGCUACCGUAUGGUUCAGGGCCAUCGUUGAGACUGAAGAUAGGAUCACCUGGUCUCCUGAACACGCUGCAUUUCAACGAGGACAGGUCCCUGGAAAAGCCACUUGGCCCAAAGGACAUACGAAUCAAGGUCAAAGCCGCUGGUUUGAAUUUCCGCGACGUGCUUGUUGCACUGGGAAGGUUGGAGAGCGAUACCCUCGGGGCAGAAUUUGCUGGUGAAGUUGUCCAGGUUGGAGAUCAAUGCCAGAAGUUCCGGCCCGGCGAUAGAGUUGUCGCCUUCCAUGCCUGCCGCUAUGCUAAUUAUGUUAUUUUACGAGAGGACAUGCCCAUAGUUGGGAUCAAGGACGAGAUGAUGCCGUUCACGACGGCUGCUGCUAUCCCUGUAGCUUAUGCAACGGCGUGGAUAAGUCUUACCAAGAUAGCAGCGCUUCAAGCAGGAGAAUCCAUACUCAUUCACUCUGGGGCAGGCGGUACAGGACAGGCUGCUAUACUGGUUGCCCAAUACUUAGGAGCGACUGUCUUUGCAACAGUUUCGACUGAAGAGAAGCGGCAGCUUCUGAUGGACCGGUAUAAUAUCCCAACGGAGCAUAUUUUCUCUAGCCGGAACACACUAUUCGCGAAGGGUAUCCGUCGGUUGACUGCCGACAGAGGUGUAGAUGUUGUUUUGAAUUCGCUUUCAGGUGACGGGCUUAUUGCUUCGUGGGAAUGCAUUGCACCGUACGGUCGGUUUGUGGAGAUCGGCAAGAACGAUAUCCUGUCGAACUCCAAACUUCCAAUGCACCCAUUUGAGCGAAACGUGAGCUUCACGGCUACUGACCUAGCUGGGAUGUCGAUCGACAGGCCGCACAUAAUCAGAGCAGCUUUGGAGACAGUAUUCUCCCUACUCGAAGAAGGCAAACUAGGCCUUAUUCAUCCUCUGCAGGUCCGAGGUAUUGCAGAUAUUGAACAGGCCUUCAGGCAGAUGCAGACUGGAAAGAACUCGGGCAAGACUGUGUUGGAGAUGCGGGACACGGACGAAGUGAUGACUGUUCUGGACACGAAGCCUACAUACACAUUCAAGCCAGAUGCCACAUAUGUUGUUGCGGGUGGCCUGGGCGGCCUUGGUCGAAGCGUUUCUCGUUGGCUUGUUGAGCGGGGAGCACGCAAUUUGAUACUGCUCUCGCGCUCUGGCCCGGCAAGCCUGCAUGCCAGGAGCUUGGUUGAAGAGCUGCACGCGCAAGGCGUACGAGUCAUUACUCCUGCAUGUGAUAUCACGAACAGAGAACUACUUAAGACAGUUCUCGAGGUCUGCAGCCAGCUGAUGCCUCCGAUUAAGGGCUGUGUGCAGGCAUCAAUGGUCAUUCGCGCUCAUAACUUCGAAAGCUUACCCUACCAAUCCUGGAAAGAGACCACAUCCCCCAAGGUCCAGGGAUCAUGGUACCUCCACGAGCUCCUCCCACGAGGCAUGGACUUUUUUGUUCUCAUGUCCUCCGUCUCGGGCAUCAUGGGAGUAGUCAGUGACUCUGGCUACGCCGCAGGCAACACAUUCGAGGACGGACUAGCGAGAUACCGCGUCGGAAUCGGCGAAAAGGCGGUCUCACUCGACCUAGGACUCUUCCUAACAGCAGGAUACCUCAAAGAGAACCCCGAGAGUCGAGAGCUAUUCCUCUCUAAGACGGUCCUUAACGAAAUACAAGAAUCCCAUCUCCACGCCCUACUAGACACGUACUGCGACCCCACUCAAGGCCCGAUCUCCAUGCAGGAAAGCCAAGUGGUCGUGGGCAUCACACCCAGCAGACAGAAACUGAAAACGAACAAAGCCGAAUGGCUAGACCGCCCCCUGUUCCGACAUUUAUCUCUGACCGACGGCAGCACAGAGAGUAGAGGAAACUCCGAAGACUCCUCCAACCUGGCAGCCCUGUUUGCGGGGGCGUCAUCAACAGAGGAGGCCACGGCGAUCGCCAUGCGCGCAACACGGGAGAAGCUGUCCAUUAUGAUGUCGACGCCAGUGGACGAGAUCGACACGGACAAGCCCAUUCACCAAUACGGAGUGGACUCGCUGGCGGGGGUGGAGCUGCGGAAUUGGUUUGCGCGCGAGCUGCGGGCGGACCUGGCCAUGUUUGACAUUCUGGGUGGUGCGAGUCUUGCAUCGGUGGUAACGUUGGCAGUGGGGAAGAGCGAAUACCGACGGUGA